AUGGGUAUUCAAGAUCAAGAGAAAUGGAGACUUGUUCCAUGCGGAUACUCACAAAUUCCUGGAGUUGACUUCACAGAACACUUUGCUCCACUUAUCAAUGACAUCACAUGGAGAAUACUACUGGUUGCAAUGGUGAUUUGGAAACUUGACGCUUGGUUGAUCGAUGUGGAAACAGCCUUUCAACAUGGAGAAUUUGAUGGAGGAGAACAGAUAUUCAUGAAUCUGCCUGUUGGAUAUGAUCUUAUGGAUUCGUCAAUUGAUAUGAGUGAAGAUUGUAUUGAAUUAAUGAAAACCGCAUAUGGGACCGUGCAAGGAGAACGACAAUGGUGGAAAAAGUUUGUGUCAAUUUUGAAAGAUAUUGGAUUCGAAGGUGGAGCUGCAGAUCCUUGUUUAACGGUCCGUUGGCCGCUCAACAGGACAUCUGUAGGUGGAAGAGAAAGGACUGACUCUGAAAACCAAAAAGACCCUGAAAGAUUAUUUGAGCUGCAACGUCUGUUAGAAUAA